UGAGGCCGCUGCCAGGUGGAGGGCGGAAGGAGCUGCUCUGCUAGGAAGGGGAACGAAAAUGGCGGCGGAGAGGCUGCUGUCCAAUCUGCUGGGGCCGCUGCUGCUGGGACUCCUGCUUCGCGCGAGCCUGACCGCUGGCGUCGGGAGCCUGAACCUGGAGGAGCUGAGCGAGAUGCGUUACGGGAUCGAGAUCCUGCCGCUGCCUGUCAUGGGCGGGCAGAGCCCGGCCUCGGACGUGGUGAUCGUCUCCUCCAAGUACAAGCAGCGCUACGAGUGCCGCCUGCCCGCCGGGGCCAUCCACUUCCAGCGCGAGCGCGAGGAGGAGGCACCUGCCUACCAAGGGCCUGGGAUCCCCGAGUUGCUGAGCCCCAUGAGGGACGCGCCCUGCCUGCUGAAGACCAAGGACUGGUGGACGUACGAAUUCUGUUAUGGACGUCACAUCCAGCAGUACCACAUGGAAGAUUCAGAAAUCAAAGGUGAAAUCCUCUAUCUUGGCUACUACCAAUCGGCCUUCGACUGGGAGGAUGAAACAGCCAAGGCCUCCAAGCAGCAUCGCCUGAAACGCUACCACAGCCAGUCCUACGGCAACGGAUCCAAGUGCGACCUCAACGGGAAGCCCCGGGAGGCCGAGGUUCGGUUCCUGUGUGAUGAGGGGGCUGGUGUUUCUGGCGACUACAUUGACCGUGUGGAUGAGCCCUUGUCCUGCUCUUAUGUGCUGACUAUCCGGACUCCUCGGCUCUGCCCCCACCCUCUCCUGCGGCCUCCCCCCAGUGCUGCCCCCCAGGCCAUUCUCUGUCACCCCGCCUUGCAGCCUGAGGAGUACAUGGCCUACGUGGAGAGGCAGGCUGACUCCAAAGAGCAUGGAGAUAAAAUCAUAGAGGAUCUGCAAGGCCUGGAUCCCCCGGCGUGGAGUGAGACCAAGCCCGAGCCGGUGUCCCCAGAGAAAGCAGGUGCAGACCCAAACAGGGAUGAAAGGCAGGAGCCAGAUUUCUGGAAGAUGCUCCAGGAGCCAGAGGGCCAGGCCCAGGGAGGGGAGGAGGUGCAGUCUGAGGAGCAGGAACCCAACCUCGAGGCAGCAGAUGCAGCUCCAGGCUCUCCCGAUGAUUUUCAGAACAACGUGCAGGUCAAAGUCAUCCGGAGCCCCGCGGACUUGAUUCGGUUGAUAGAGGAGCUGAAAGGCGGAACGAGAAAGGGGAAGCCAGGCGCGGGCCAGGAGCAGCCCGAGGACAGGACAGGCGCCCCGCAGAGGGAACCCGAAGGGAAACAAAAGGGGGACGCGGAACCUCAGAACAGGGUGGAGGAGGAGGAGGAGGAAGAGGAGGAGGAGGAGGAGGAGGAGAGGCAGCUGCUGGGGGAGUUCGAGAAGGAGCUGGAAGGAAUCCUGCUGCCGCAGGACCGCGCCCAGCUGCGCUCGGAGGUGAAGGCCGGCAUGGAGCGGGAGCUGGACAGCAUCAUCCAGGAGACAGAGAAGGAGCUGGACCCCGACGGGCUGAGGAAGGAGUCGGAGCGUGACCGGGCCAUGCUGGCCCUGACGUCCACUCUCAACAAACUCAUCAAAAGGCUGGAGGAAAAGCAAAGUCCAGAGGUGGCGAAGAAGCACAGGAAAAGGAGGGUUGUCCCCAAAAAGCCUCCCCCACCGCCCCAGCCAGCAGAGGAGGAUCCUGAGCACAGAGUCCGGGUCCGGGUCACCAAGCUCCGUCAAGGAGGCCCCAAUCAGGAUCUGACUGUCCUCGAGAUGAAACGGGAAAACCCACAGCUGAGACAAAUCGAGGGGCUGGUGAAAGAGCUGCUGGAGAGGGAGGGGCUCACAGCUGCAGGGAAAAUUGAGAUCAAAAUCGUCCGACCCGGGGCUGAAGGGGCAGAGGAGGAGGCGCGCUGGCUGACGGAUGAAGACACGAAAAACCUCAAGGAGAUUUUCUUCAAUAUCUUGGUGCAGGGCGCCGAGGAGGCCCAGAAAGAGCGGCAGCGGCAGAAGGAGCUGGAGAGCAAUUACCGCCGCGUGUGGGGCUCCCCGGGCGGGGAGGGCACGGGCGACCUGGACGAGUUUGACUUCUGAGGCCACCGCUCCCGCGGACUCUCAGGGGGUCCAGAGUCUUCCCGGACGGGUCUCGUCGCCUCCCACCCACCACCCGGGGCCUGAAGGCGAAACAGCAGAGGAGAGCCGAGCUGUGGACUUGGGGGGCCCGCCUGGGAGUGUGGAGGGGCGCAAGGAGUGCUGCUGCUGCUGCUGGAGCCACCUCAGAACCCCAGGCCUGCGAGUCCCCUUCUUCCAGGCCACUCCUCACACGCUCCCUUGCCCCGUCUCUCCAGGGGGUGUCGCCACCCCCUAAGCCACUGGUUCUUGUCCCCUCCCUCCCUCCCUCGGGUGUCCGUGGAGCUGUCGAGAGGCUACAGCUGGGGCUCCCGGGCCCUGCACCCCGGCCUCCUGCCGCUUGGCGCCUCCCUUCCCCUUGCUCCCGACAGCCCGUGCUUCCGAGAGGAGGCAGCUUCCCUUCGUUGCUGAGGAGAUGGGCGAGGGUUGCCACCGCCUCUGACACAAUCCCGGUGGAAAGGUGGGUGCCGACCUGCCCGCUGGGUUCUGGAACAAUCAGGUUUCUAAAUAAACAACUGGACCAUCCGUCCGCCGGGCUCUUUUUUCUUC